ACUCCACCAGGCUUCGUUUGCUCACACCGACACACACACACAUCGCUCUCCCCCUCACUCUUUCGCUCGCCGCGGCUGCUGCCAGUGUGUGGCUCUGUCUCUCCUCCGCUUUGCUGAGCCCUCCCUUCUUCCUCUCAGUUCCUAGAGUCCGACCGCUGCCGCCGGGAAAGAGGAGAAGGAGGUCGGUGGCGAUAAGGGGCGGAGGGAGGCAUCAGAUCGGGGCAGUAUUAGGAGGGUGACGGUUCCUAGGGAGUAAGAGGGAGCCCGGGUGGCGGCCCGAGCCUCCCCGCGGAGCCGACCCGGGAACAGGUGCGUCUUUUUUUUCUCUCCCCCAAUCCCUCCACCCCUUUGACUCCCCGGCUUUUUUGUAUUCCCCCACCCGCUUUUUUCUAUCUUAAGCCUUUCCUCAACCCUGUCGCUUCUUCGCCCCGCGGCCGCUCUGCUUGCCCCCCGGGGGCACCGUCCUCUUCGUGUCCCCGGACGUAGCGCUCCAUAGAGCUCGCUCUGUCCUCGCCCCUCCCUUCGGGACAGCUCCCCUCCACUUCCCACCUUCGCACCCCAUCCCUGCCCUGCCCUACCCCCUCCUCGACCCCCUUCUGUCUUAGCCAGGUGAGACUAGUUCACCACGAUCCCGGAGAGUCUUCUUCCUGGCUGGGCGGGGGUCUCCAUGGAAACAGGGGUCGGUAGAUCCUGGGGGGGAAACCAUAGGAAUUACCCCACUCCUCCGAAAGGGAGGUGGACACUACGGUCUUGUUAACUACCUGGCCUCAACCCCGGAUACAGGGAUCCGACGAUCCGAAGGGAGCCUGGCCGGCAGGGCAGGGCGAGAAAAGGCUUGUUUUCUUUUUUUUGGUGGGGGGUGUCCGUGAUGAAGUCUUGAAGAGACCAGGAGAAAAUACCCUCCAACCUCAGAGAGAGCUGCGACGGCUGCUCUUUCAGGGGGAGUGGCCACAGCAGGUCCUAUUUGGUGGUGAGUGGCUGUCAUGAUCUCUACAGCACCGCUCUACAGCGGCGUGCACAACUGGACCAGUUCUGACCGGAUUCGCAUGUGUGGCAUCAACGAAGAAAGAAGAGCACCUCUUUCUGAUGAGGAGUCCACGACAGGUGACUGCCAGCACUUUGGGUCUCAGGAGUUUUGUGUCGGCAGCAGUUUUUCCAAGGUGGAGCUCACAGCAGUUGGAAGUGGCAGCAAUGCCCGGGGGGCAGACCCAGAUGGCAGUUCGACAGAGAAACUUGGGCACAAGUCAGAAGACCAGCCUGAUGAUCCCCAGCCAAAAAUGGACUAUGCUGGGAACGCAGCAGAAGCUGAGGGCCUCCUGGUGCCACUGAGCAGCCCAGGAGACGGCCUCAAGCUGCCCACUCCUGACUGCCCCGAGGCCAGCAACAGCAGGGCCGAGUGCUCCUGGACUCCCCUCAGCACCCAGAUGAGCAAACAGGUUGACUGCUCACCACCUGGGGUAAAGGCUUUGGACUCUCGACACGGUGUUGGGGACAAGAACACUUUCAUUUUGGCUACUCUGGGAACGGGAGUCCCCGUGGAGGGGACCUUGCCUCUGGUUACCACUAACUUCAGUCCGUUGCCAGCCCCUGUCUGUCCCCCUGCUCCCGGUUCGGCCUCUGUUCCCCCAUCUGUUCCUGAUCCGUUCCAGGUUCCCCUUUCUGUCCCAGCCCCGGUGCCCCAUUCUGGGCUGGUUCCAGUCCAAGUUGCCACUUCAGUCUCAGCUCCUUCCUCUCCCCUAGCACCAGUUCCAGCUCUGGCUCCGGCACCUCCCUCAGUGCCCACCCUCAUCUCGGAUUCGAACCCCCUUUCCGUGUCAGCCUCGGUCUUGGUGCCUGUGCCAGCAUCCGCUCCCCCAUCGGGCCCAGUACCCCUGCCGGCUCCCGCUCCUACCCCUCUCUCUGUCCCCGCUUCAGCACCUCCCUUGGCUCUCAUCCAGGCUCCCGUGCCUCCUUCAGCGCCCACCUUGCUCCUUGCUCCCGUCCCCGCUCCGGUCCUGGCUCCCAUGCCGGCAUCGACACCUCCAGCAGCUCCUGCCCCUCCGUCUGUGCCGAUGCCCACCCCAACCCCCUCCUCUGGCCCACCAUCUACCCCCACCCUUAUUCCUGCCUUUGCUCCUACGCCAGUGCCUGCCCCCACCCCUGCCCCCAUCUUUACUCCGGCCCCUACGCCCAUGCCGGCUGCCACACCAACUGCCGUUCCCACCUCGGCACCCAUACCAGCCUCCUUCAGUUUGAGUCGAGUGUGUUUUCCUGCAGCUCAGGCACCAGCUAUGCAAAAAGUCCCCCUGUCCUUUCAACCAGGGACAGUGCUGACCCCGAGCCAGCCACUGGUAUAUAUUCCACCUCCGAGCUGUGGGCAGCCCCUCAGUGUGGCCACACUGCCAACCACCUUGGGGGUCUCCUCCACUCUUACGCUUCCUGUCCUGCCAUCCUACCUGCAGGACAGGUGUCUCCCGGGCGUGCUGGCAUCCCCGGAGCUCCGGUCUUACCCAUAUGCAUUUUCUGUGGCCCGGCCUCUGACUUCUGAUUCCAAGCUGGUGUCUCUGGAGGUGAACAGGCUCCCCUGCACUUCCCCGUCCAGCAGCACCACCACCCAGCCGGCCCCCGAAGGGGUCCCCGGGCCUUUGGCAGAUACCUCCCUCACCACUGCUUCUGCCAAGGUGCUUCCAACUCCACAGCCUUUGCUGCCAGCCCCCAGCGGGAGCUCUGCCCCACCACAUCCCACUAAGAUGCCAGGUGGUGGUGAGCAGCAAACAGAAGGGGCUUCUGUUACCUUCUCUCCCCUCAAGUCACCUCCACAGCUGGAGCGAGAGAUGGCCUCUCCACCCGAGUGCAGCGAGAUGCCCCUUGACCUCUCUUCCAAGUCCAACCGCCAGAAGCUUCCUUUGCCGAACCAGCGCAAAACGCCUCCCAUGCCCGUGUUGACCCCUGUGCACACCAGCAGCAAGGCCCUCCUCUCCACAGUCCUGUCCAGGUCUCAGCGCACAACCCAGGCUGCUGGCAGCAACGUCACCUCCUGCCUGGGUUCUACUUCCUCACCCUUCGUCAUCUUCCCCGAGAUCGUGAGGAAUGGGGACCCGAGCACCUGGGUGAAAAACUCCACUGCGCUCAUCAGCACCAUUCCUGGCACCUAUGUGGGAGUGGCUAACCCAGUGCCUGCGUCUCUGCUGCUGAACAAGGAUCCUAACCUGGGCCUCAACCGAGAUCCCCGCCAUCUCCCCAAGCAGGAGCCCAUCUCCAUCAUUGAUCAAGGAGAGCCUAAGAGCACUGGUGCCACGUGUGGCAAGAAGGGCAGCCAGUCCGGUGCUGAGGGACAGCCAAGCACAGUGAAAACACGUUAUACCCCAGCCCGUAUUGCCCCCGGGCUGCCGGGGUGCCAAAGCAAGGAGCUCUCUCUGUGGAAACCUACAGGGCCAGCAAAUAUUUAUCCACGGUGUUCAGUCAAUGGGAAACCCACCAGCACCCAGGUCCUGCCUGUUGGCUGGUCACCAUACCACCAAACGUCUCUGCUUUCCAUUGGCAUUUCCAGUGCCGGGCAGCUGACCCCCAGUCAGGGGGUGCCCAUCAGGCCCACCAGCGUUGUUUCUGAGUUUUCUGGUGUGCCAUCUGUUGGUUCCAGUGAAGCUGUACAUGGACUAACUGAGGGGCAGCCACGGUCCGGGGGCCCCUUUACUUCUGAGCAGGACACUGUCACAAAGAACAAAACUUGCCGGAUUGCUGCCAAGCCUUAUGAAGAACAAGUUAACCCUGUCCUCCUGACUCUCAGUCCUCAGACAGGGACUCUGGCGCUAUCUGUUCAGCCUAGCAGUGGGGACAUCCGAGUGAAUCAGGGGUCUGAGGAAUCAGAGAGCCACCUGUGCUCUGAUAGCACUCCUAAGAUGGAAGGCUCCCAGGCUGCUUGCAGCCUGAAACUGGCAGGAGACACAAAGCCUAAGAACCAAGUGCUGGCUACCUACAUGUCCCACGAGCUGGUCCUGGCCACCCCCCAGAACCUGCGCAAGGUGCCUGAGCUGCCUUUGCUACCUCAUGACAGCCACCCCCAGGAGCUCAUCUUGGAUGUGGUUCCGAGCAGCAAGAGGGGCUCCAGCACAGAGCUUUCGCAGCUUGGAAGCCAGGUGGACCUGGGGCGGGUGAAAAUGGAGAAGGUGGAUGGUGAUGUGGUCUUCAAUUUAGCCACCUGCUUCCGGGCUGAUGGACUCCCAGCAGCUCCCCAGAGGGGCCAAGCCGAAGCACGGGCUAAGACCAUGCAGGCUCAAGUAAAACGGGAAAGUGUCGGGGUCUUUGCUUGCAAGAGCAAGUGGCAGCCAGAUGAAGUGCCAGAAUCUCCGCCACCCAAGAAGAUGAAGUGUGGCAAAGAGAAGGAAGGAGAGGAACAGCAGCAGCUGCCACAAGCCAAGCCCACAGUCCAGAGUUCCCUGGGCUCCAAGUGCCGGAAGCCACCCGGCGACCCCCAGGAACCAACCAAGAAAAGCCCCAGGGGCACUUCAGAUUCAGGAAAAGAGCACAAUGGAGUCAGGGGAAAGCACAAGCACCGGAAGCCAACAAAGCCGGAGUCCCAGUCUCCAGGAAAACGAGCCGAUGGCCAUGAGGAAGACGCUGGUUGUGAUAUUUCUGCCUUCUGCCCUGAAACUAUGCAUACAGGUUCCUUGGAAAAGAAAGCAAAGAGCAGUUUCCGUGACUUCAUCCCAGUGGUUCUGAGCACCCGGACACGCAGUCAGUCUGGAAGCAUCUGUAGCUCCUUUGCUGGUGUGGCAGACAGUGACAUGGGAAGCCAGGAAGUCUUCCCCACAGAAGAAGAGGAGGAGGUGACCCCCACCCCAGCUAAGCGUCGAAAGGUGAGAAAGACCCAGCGGGACACUCAGUAUCGCAGCCAUCAUGCCCAAGACAAGACUCUGCUGAGCCAGGGCCGCAGACAUCUGUGGCGAGCCCGAGAGAUGCCCUGGAGGACAGAGGCCGCCCGGCAAAUGUGGGAUACCAAUGAAGAGGAGGAGGAAGAUGAGGAGGAGGGCCUGGUGAAGAGGAAGAAACGGAGACGGCAGAAGAGCCGAAAAUAUCAGACUGGGGAGUACCUGACAGAGCAAGAAGAAGAGCAGCGGAGGAAAGGGAGAGCAGAUCUAAAGGCCCGUAAGCAGAAGACUUCCUCCCAAAGUUCGGAGCACCGCCUCAGGAACAGGAACCUUCUCUUGCCCAGCAAAGCCCAGGGGAUUUCGGAGUCACCAAAUGGUUUCCUUCCAAACAACCUGGAAGAGCCAGCCUGCCUUGAAAAUCCUGAAAAGCCAUCAGGAAAACGAAAGUGCAAGACCAAGCACAUGUCAAACGUCUCAGAAGAGGCAAAGGGCAAAGGCCGUUGGAGCCAGCAGAAGACACGGUCUUCCAAAUCCCCCACCCCUGCAAAGUUCACAGAACCAUGUACACCUUCUAAGUCCCGAAGUGCCGGCCCAGAGGAGGCCUCGGAGUCACCUACAGCCCGGCAAAUCCCCCCAGAAGCACGGCGACUCAUAGUGAACAAAAAUGCCGGUGAGACCCUCUUGCAGCGGGCGGCACGCCUGGGCUAUAAGGACGUUGUUCUGUACUGCCUCCAGAAGGAUAGUGAGGAUGUGAAUCACCGCGAUAAUGCUGGCUACACAGCCCUGCAUGAGGCCUGUUCUCGCGGAUGGACCGAUAUCCUGAACAUCCUCCUGCAGCAUGGAGCCAAUGUGAACUGCAGUGCGCAGGAUGGCACGAGGCCAGUUCAUGAUGCAGUGGUCAAUGACAACCUGGAGACCAUCUGGCUCUUGCUGUCGUAUGGGGCUGAUCCCACACUGGCCACCUACUCGGGUCAGACAGCCUUGAAGCUGGCCAGCAGUGACGCCAUGAAGCGCUUUCUCAGUGAUCACCUCUCGGAUCUUCAGGGCCGGGCAGAAGGGGAUCCAGGUGUAUCCUGGGACUUCUACAGCAGUUCUGUGUUGGAGCAAAAAGAUGGGUUUACCUGUGACCUCCUACACAAUCCUCCUGGGAGCGCUGAUCAAGAAGGAGAUGAUGUGGAAGAGGAUGAUUUCAUGUUUGAACUCUCAGACAAGCCUCUUCUCCCUUGCUACAACCUCCAAGUGUCAGUGUCCCGUGGGCCCUGCAACUGGUUCCUCUUCACCGAUGUCCUCAAACGGCUGAAGCUCUCCUCAAGGAUAUUUCAGGCCCGUUUCCCGCACUUUGAAAUCACCACCCUGCCCAAGGCAGAGUUCUACCGGCAGGUAGCCUCCAGUCAGCUGCUGACCCCUGCUGAGAGGCCUGGUGGCGUGGAGGACAGAUCUCCCCCUGGCUCCUCUGAGACUGUGGAGCUGGUUGCUUACGGGCCCGAGCUCCUUCGGCUCCUAGGGUCUGAGGUGGAAUUCCAGUCUUGGAACAGUUGACCAGGAAAACGGCACCCCCUCUUCUUUCUCCUCCCAAGUUCACCCUUCCCCCACCUCCCCUGUCCCCCCACCGAGCACCAGACUGCAGAAUGAGGCAAUAAUAUGGACCAACAAGAAGCCGCCUUAUCAAUGCCAGCAUUAGUGACUGGAUUCUUUUUGUUUUUUGGUUACAGUUAGUUCUCAUCUCCCUGUCAUCAUUGUCAUUGUGGUUGGUGAUGGGGGUGGAAAGUUGAACUCCAUGUCUGAAGACAAGAGGUCCGGCGGGGGGUGGGGGUGGUAGGAGGUGGCGCCAGGGUCCCUUGGACUGGAACCUUUGCAUAUGACCGAGACCAAACAUGGGCCUGGGUGGCUGUGGCCUGUUCCAAGGAGAAAUGAGAAAAGCCUAACCCUGAGCGACCCCUUGUCCCCCUGUGUUCUUCUGUCUUCCAUAGUAUUUAUUUUAUUAGUAUUUAAUUUGUAUUGUUUCAUUGGUUUCUGAUAAGUCUGUAUCACUGUGACGAUUUGAGACAACUUGUUGUAUUGAGGGACUUUCUUUACCUCCUUUCUGUUUCUUGAUAAGCUUUGGGGCUGCUCCCUCCCUCUGACAGAGUUAUCCCCAGGUUGCUCCCCCACUCCACCCCGGGAGGGGCCCAGGUGGGCUGGGUGGAGAACAUGUGACUAAUGAAGCUGGCUCAGAGCUGGGGGCCUGGGGGUAAAUCCUGAGGCUUUGGUGCUCCCCUUCCCUUGCCAGUUUUUCUCUUCCCUGUCCUUCACAGAGGACCUGCCAUCUUGAGAUUAGUGUUUACUGGGGAGAGCAGAAUUGGGUAAGGGGCUUGUGAGUUACUCCAGUAAAGGAGAGUUGAGAAUGGGCCUGAGGGUUCCCUGCUCCCUUCAAGGUGAACAAUAUGGGGUUCUUCUUCCAUCUUUCCCCACAUCCCUACCCAUUCCAUCCUGUCCUGGCCUCCCCCUCUCCAGAUACUGAGCCUCUUGCCUCUGGGCCCUGGACUCCCAUCUUCACCCCGCCCCCCACUGUUCUCUUUUGGAAUCUGUGGAGGGCUCUGGGGCUGACAGCCUGGUGUGACGUCAGGCAGCGCCAGUGCUUUCCUAGGCGAAGGCAGGAGACCAGUCUGCAGCCCAGGCUCCACUCAGGCUGAGUGUGUGGCCGCCCACCCGCAGCCUCCAGGCCAGGAGAGGAGGAGAAGGAGGAGCUCGGGGUGCUUCCCUGUCCCCAGCCUCUCUGUGGCGUGUCUUUCCCACUCUCUUAUUUUUCUACCGAUUGCUAUUUUUCCGAACAAUCCUUGUAGAGAGUCUGUACCAUCCAAAGGCAGGAGGGCCUCACUGUGGCUGGCUCUGGUUGGAGAUGGUACAGUUUUAUUGUACAGGUGCUAAACAUCAACAACAAAAGAAGAAAAUGGAAAAAAAAAAAGACAAAAAAA